CCGGAGAUUGCGCAGGUUUAAAAAGGGGCGCGUACGUUAGCUAAAUUAUUUGAAAUCGAGUUUCAUUUAAAAUAUCUUAACGGGCGUUACAAAUGUAUAAUAAUAACUCUCUCCCUGGUUUCUCCAUAUCUCGAUCAACUAAACGAAUGCAGGCAAUUAAAAAUUGAUUCUGUACUGCUAUAAAAAUCUAACUUCAAACGAUAGGAGAAUGUCAAUUUUGUAACGAUUUUUAUUACCGAUUAUACUGGACCAUCACCGUCCAAAAAAUAAGGUCCAUCGUACAGGAACGAUUGAACCAACAUAUCGUUAAAUGUAUCGUGCAAACUAUCGCACGGCAUUUUGGAAGAAAUAUGUUCAGUACAAACGCGUGGUUCGUCCGCUGCGUUUAAUUUUGAAUACGAUACAAUAAUAAUCUAAUUAUAUAUCGGACGAAAGAAAAUGGCCAACGAGGACGAGAAAGAGUCUAAGGUGGAAGAAUUGUACUCGUGGAUUUCUGGGAUACCUCUCUCGAAGCCGACAAAAAACUUGAGCAGAGAUUUUUCGGACGCCGUGAUGAUGGCAGAGAUCCUUAAACAAUAUUAUCCCCGGCACGUCGAUCUGCACAAUUACAUGCCAGUCAAUAGUCUGAAUUUAAAGAAAGAAAAUUGGAACAUACUGAAUCGGAAAGUGCUCAGCAAAAUUGAUAUGAAAUUAAACAAAGAUGCGAUCAAUCAAUUGGCGAAUUGUCAUCCUGGAGCUGCUGAAAAUAUAUUGCUAAUGCUGAAGAAGAGAAUUUCGAAGGAUGCCGAGUCUAACAGUACUCAGGAUCCGUCAUGCAACGAUAAGGAAAAUGAAUUUAUUGAAGAGAAUAGCAAAAGUAAAAAUAAAUUAAAGAAUCCAAAGGAAUGCAACUGUAAUGUCUACAAAGUGCACGAUAUUUCGUUUAGGUAACGCAGACGAACUCGAUACGGACGCUACGAAAUCGACACCUUGUCCUGUUAAGCAACCAACUUCGAACACCGUGACUAGCGAGAGAUCAGUAUUUCUAUAUGUCCAAGAAAAAUUCUACUUUUUCUGGAGAUGGCUGUUAAGUUUCCUCUCCGCCUGGAAUUGCUUUCCGUACAUAAUGUUUCAAAUAAGAAGUUAUGUUCCAAAUUCGAGUAAGUUCUCGAUCGUGAAAGCGUCUUAACCGUGCAAAUAGAAAAGAAUUUUAUGAUCGUUCCGCUUCCAUCGUUGAAGUGGGCGAUGGUACCGGGGAUUCUAGA